CAUUAUCUUCUGGAAGUAAUGCCCACAGAAAGCGGAAGUUGUUCAGCUGCUCGUCAAGCAAAACAAAAGCGCAAAUCACAUAGCCUUUCUAUAAGAAGAACCAACAGCUCAGAACAGGAAAGAACGGGACUACCAAGAGAAAUGUUAGAAGGACAAGUAAUACGUAGAGAAAUUGAUACUCUUAAUGACCGCUUAGCUGCUGAAGGCCAAACGAUUGAUGGAGCAGAACUGAGUAAGGGCCAGCUCAAAACAAAAGCCAGCCAUAGUACCAGUCAGCUUUCUCAGAAAUUAAAGACCACUUACAAAGCUUCUACUAGCAAGAUUGUCUCCAGCUUUAAGACCACAACCUCUAGGGCCAUCUGCCAGCUCGUGAAGGAGUACAUUGGUCACAGGGAUGGAAUCUGGGAUGUGAGUGUUGCAAGGACACAGCCAGUGGUGCUGGGAACUGCAUCUGCUGAUCACACGGCUUUGCUGUGGAGUAUAGAAACAGGAAAGUGCCUUGUCAAGUAUUCAGGUCAUGUUGGAUCAGUGAAUUCUAUAAAAUUUCACCCCUCGGAGCAGUUAGCUCUCACUGCUUCUGGAGAUCAGACCGCUCAUAUCUGGAGAUACAUGGUACAACUACCGACGCCCCAGCCCAUUGUGGAUACUAGUCAACAAAUAUCUGGAGAAGAUGAAGUAGAGUUUUCUGAUAAAGAUGAGCCUGACAUUGAUGGGGACGUUUCCAGUGACUGCCCUACCAUUCGAGUUCCCUUGACAUCUCUUAAAAGCCAUCAAGGAGUGGUCAUAGCAGCCGAUUGGUUGGUUGGAGGGAAACAGGCAGUGACAGCCUCCUGGGACAGAACAGCGAAUCUCUAUGAUGUAGAGACAUCCGAACUUGUUCAUUCCCUGACUGGACAUGAUCAAGAAUUAACACAUUGCUGUACACAUCCCAACCAGCGCCUUGUGGUCACAUCAUCUCGGGACACAACUUUCCGUCUUUGGGAUUUCAGAGAUCCUUCAAUCCAUUCUGUGAAUGUUUUUCAGGGCCACACAGACACUGUGACCUCUGCUGUGUUCACUGUGGGAGAUAAUGUUGUCUCGGGCAGUGAUGACCGUACUGUGAAAGUUUGGGAUUUAAAAAAUAUGAGAUCCCCAAUAGCAACAAUUCGUACAGACUCAGCCAUUAACAGGAUUAAUGUCUGUGUUGGCCAAAAAAUCAUUGCCCUUCCACAUGACAACCGACAAGUUAGAUUAUUUGAUAUGUCAGGAGUGCGAUUAGCGAGGCUUCCUCGAAGCAAUAGACAGGGCCAUAGAAGAAUGGUAUGCUGUUCAGCUUGGAGUGAAGAUCACCCCAUAUGCAAUCUGUUUACUUGUGGAUUUGAUAGGCAAGCCAUUGGCUGGAACAUAAACAUCCCUGCCUUGUUACAAGAAAAAUAA